GUCUCCACCAGCCGCUAAACGCGCACACUCCUGAAAUGUGAUUGGCUAGUUUGUCCUAAUGGGGCGGAGAUAAGCGGAACGCGGUGUUAAUAAUACUCCCAGCGAUGUGAAGUGAAACUCUCAGUCAUUGCUGUGACGAAUGGAAAGGCUGUGUUCGCUGGCAUAACUUAAAUUGGUACUUAGGCGUCUUCAGAAAAACUCAACAAGCAUAUGGGGAUAAGGCAAUAUAAUCAAGUUGUGGAUAUGCGUGGAUAUUGUCUUUCGAUAUCUCCGAGGAUGCAUUAGAAGUCAGUGGUUUAUUGUCGCAGAUGAUCAACAGCACACUUGCCUGAUGAGAUCCGGAGUGCCGGAGGCAAAGGUCUGAGAGACUCUGACACCCUUCGGCUUGGCUGUCGAAGCCGGCAGAGGCGACCACCCCCCCCCCCCCCCCCCACUUCCUCGCGACUUCCUGCACUCGGCACAACCUACGGAUUCUGGCCCCCCCAUUCCCCCUCGCCCCCUUCACCACCCCCUGGUCCUGCCCGGUCCUUCCCAUUUCCCGUGCGUGCUGGACCCCGCGAGAGUUCAAAACUGUUUCUCCAAAGGUUCUUCCAAAAACUCAGACUGUUCUCCAAGGCGGACUUGGCGCAGCCGUCCCCGGCGCAGGGGGAGGCGAUGGGCAGCGCGCGGACCCACCGCUACAGCAUCGUGUCCUCUGAGGAGGACGGCAUGAAGCUGGCCACCAUCGCCGUGCCCAACGGCUGCGGCAACGGCCAGGGCAAGGUGAGCACGCGGCGGCAGCCCCAGAGUCGCUUCGUGAAGAAGGACGGCCACUGCAACGUGCAGUUCGUCCACAUGAGCGAGAAGGGCCAGCGCUACCUGGCCGACAUCUUCACCACCUGCGUGGACAUCCGCUGGCGCUGGAUGAUGCUCAUCUUCUGCCUGUCGUUCCUCCUCUCGUGGCUGUUCUUUGGCUGCGCCUUCUGGCUGGUGGCCAUCUUCUACGGCAACCUGGAGAACAACCCGCAGAAGUGCGUCUCCAACGUCAGCAGCUUCACGGCGGCCUUCCUCUUCUCCGUGGAGACGCAGACCACCAUCGGCUACGGCUACCGCUACGUGACGGAGGAGUGCCCGGUGGCCGUCUUCAUGGUGGUGUUCCAGAGCAUCGUGGGCUGCAUCAUCGACGCCUUCAUCAUCGGCGCCGUCAUGGCCAAGAUGGCCAAGCCCAAGAAGAGGAACGAGACGCUGGUGUUCAGCCACCACGCCACCAUCGCCAUGCGCGACGGCAAGCUGUGCCUGAUGUGGCGCGUGGGCAACCUGCGCAAGAGCCACCUGGUGGAGGCGCACGUGCGGGCGCAGCUCCUCAAGUCCCGCACCACGGCCGAGGGCGAGUUCAUCCCGCUGGACCAGGUGGACAUCGACGUGGGCUUCGACAGCGGCCUGGACCGCAUCUUCCUGGUCUCGCCCAUCACCAUCGUCCACGAGAUCGACGAGGACAGCCCCUUCUACGACAUGAGCAAGUGGGACCUGGACUCCUCCGAGUUCGAGAUCGUGGUGAUCCUGGAGGGGAUGGUGGAGGCCACGGCCAUGACCACGCAGUGCCGCAGCUCCUACCUGGCCAGCGAGGUCCUGUGGGGCCACCGCUUCGAGCCCGUCCUCUUCGAGGAGAGAAGCUACUACAAGGUGGACUACUCCCGCUUCCACAAGACCUACGAGGUGCCCAGCACGCCUCUGUGCAGUGCCAGGGAGCUCGCCGAGAAGAAGUUCGCCUCGUCCGGCUCCAACUCCUUCUGCUACGAGAACGAGGUGGCGCUGACGGAGAAGGACGACACGGAAGACGAUGACAGCGGCGGCGGCAGCGUGGGGCCCGACGGCACCAACACGGACGCCGUGUCAGACUCCGGGCCCAACCAGGCCAUGGUGCCCCUUGAACCCAGGCCCUUGCGGAGAGAGUCAGAAAUAUGACCGUUUGGACAAACCGAACAAAGGUUCGAGUUUCCUGAAAAAAAAAAAAAAGGAAUGUAAAAGCUGAACUACCCCUCGCGCCCAUGGCUUCUGAGCCCAACAGAACGGCUGUGAGGGAGGGUGGGGAGGGUGGACCGAGAACUUAAAAUAAGAAAUAAGAGUGUUAUUCUUGAAAAUAUGAAAGGUUGGGAGGAUGGGGGGGACAGAGGACACAGGCAUAGCACUGUUGGGUUUGUGCACAGAUACAGGGGCAAAAAGCUGUUGGAGAAAAUAAAUGUUAGUAAUUGCUGUUUAGUAAAUAAAUAAAUAUAUGUGGAUAAGCAAAAUGUGAAGGGAAAGAAAAGGAGGAAAAUAAGACAGUGUAAACUUGAAAAACUCAUGGGAAUGUCCUGUUGUUUAUCUGUCCUGAAAAAACGAAUAUGAUGGGUUCAGUAGCACGAUAUUGUUUUCUGUGUAGGUUUAUAUGCCUUACUAUGAGAAGCUGCUAUAGAUCUUUUUCACCUUUAUCUUUUUUCACAGUGUUUUUUUUUUAAGUAAAUGAAAAGCACUUUAAACAAUCAAGUGCCCCUAGAGUAGGAAAUAUAUUUAAAAUGUCAUAAUGAAAACACCAAAGAAAUUUUCCUCUUUUUUUGCACAGAAGUGACAUGAAAUAUGGUCUCAGUCUAGAAAGUUCUGAAACCUUGUUUUAAUCUGACAAACGUUCAUGCGGGAACAGCACUGGCAGCAGCAAGCGGAUUCUUCUUAGAAAGAGAGAAACGGCUGGGAUUUUGAGGAACCUCCGUCAAGCUUACCCCUAGCGGCAGACAUCUUGAAACCGAUUCAAUGCUGUGACUGCCAACAUUAGGUAAAUAUUUAUUCUGAAAGAGAAAAACGAUAACCCCUCUAAUGGAAAGUAAGAGUUGAAAAUGUUCCGAUCUCUGUGCAGGCUUCGUAACAGUGCAAUUCCAACCACUGACGCAUGCUGUCGUUGCUCUCCAUUUGGCCACGGUACUGUAAGUUGACACCCGUUGCAAGUAAACUAGUACAUGAUCUGUUAAUGAGCUGGCCUCUUAACAGAGACACAUACUUGUUCUCUUUUUUAAAAAAAAACAUGGCUUGUUAAAGUGAAGUGAUGUAUUUGUGGUCCCAUGGCACCCAGUUUUUUAAGUGAGAGAUCUUAAUUAUCAAUAGCGACUGCAACAUCAUUGAAGAAGCUGAGCCAAAUGUGUUGUGUAGCGUGUACAUGUGGGUGUGUUGGAGGUGGGGAGUAGCACUAGCAUACAUGUUUGUCAGAGCAGGGCUAAUGUGAGAGCAUGUACAUUACACUUGUAGGUCGAGCCGUCUUCUUCUUGACUAAGUAUAGCAUAGCCUUGCAACAUGAGAAUCUAGGCCAGAGUCAGAACAGCGUUCAUAAAAAUGUGAAAAACUUAGCAUUAGGCACUUUAAGGUGUCUGUCUGCAGGAUAUUUAUGGAUAGCUGCGGUGGGGGGUUUAGGGUGGGACAGUUUCAUAGCAACAUGUCAGCUUUCGUUGAGCAUUGCGGGACCAUUAGUUUGGUGGCAGACCACAUCCUAAACCAUGAAGACAUCCUUGUCUGUAAACAACUGAGUCAAUGAAGGUUAGUGAAAAAGCGCUGCUAAGUGACACACUGAAAUUCAAAAGAAAGAUUGAGGGCCGAAAUAUACUAAAAUGAAUUAUUUAAAAAAAUAAAUAAACAAGAAAUAUUGUUUUUAAAAACCCAGGGAGACUUCUGUUUCUUAACAAGUAAGUCAAGCACUGUGCUUUUGGUCUGUUAACCAAAGAUGGGGCACUUCUCCCCCUAAUAGAAUGGUUUAUUUUUCGUGUGUUUUUUUUCUAAUUCAUCUGUAAAUAUAAGAAGAUAUUUUCAUAUUUAUAGCCAAAUGUAAAUAUGAGUAGAACUUUGUGAAAAAGACAGAAUUAACCUGUUGUACUAUAAACCCCUAUAAGUACCCUUUCAGCAGGAUAGAGUUUAAGUCCUUUGAGUUAAUCUUGUUGGAGUGCUUCUGCUCUCCUUGUGUUUCCAAUUCAUUUGUUUGAAUUUUGGAACUUUACAUUGAACAAGCUGUAUUACAAGAGAGAUUUAAAUGUUAUACACUCCUUAAUUUAUUUAUUUAAAACUUUUCUCUUUGGUGUAACAGCGAAAGUAUUAUUCUUUUUUCAAAUUAGUAUACCUUGAAAAAUCUUGAAUUCAUGAUGACAGCAUUAUGAUAUAACAACCUCAAACUCGUGUUCAUGUCCUGUCAGUGUUCCUGUUGAUGUUGGAAAGUGUCUCGGUCAAACGCUUUGAAACGCACAAAAUGUUUCUGACAUUCUGGUGAGCCUCACUAAAAAUAAAGUUACUGUUCUUUUGCAGAAGAGGACCAUGCAGAACAUACUCCAGAUGUUCUCUUGACAUCUUCACGGGCUCUGGUUUAGGUUAACUGUUAAAAAAAAGGCAAGAUUGGACUGUACAUGAAGGACCUUUGGUCUACACUGAAUAUGGCACACUGGAAAGGCUGUGUCCUCAUAGCUUGGGAUGAAUAUCAAACCACUGAGUCACAGGACAUGAGCGGUUCCUCCAAGCCUUUAGUGCAUCAGCACUCACGAGAACCUCCCCAAAACUCUUUUUGACGAAAUAACACACGUAGAAGACCUCUAUUUAAUCAUUACUGCAUUUACUAUAUUUACUAUCAAAGACACAAGCUAUAGGAAAUACAGCAUUCCUAUUGCAAUGUUCGGUUCGUUGUACUCUUUUGUUCUUCUCCUAAACUGAAAUUGCCCUAGUCCCACACAUUAUUUGUGUGCUGUUUCUAUGAAAGUGGAACUUGGGGUAAAUAUAUGGAUAUAUAUAUGGAUAUGCGCCAAAAGUACUGUAAUCUCCUGGUGUUGUGGUGGUGUGUGCUUCUCUGAGCCAGAAGAGUGCAUGUAGUGAUGUCUAAAGGCUAGCAUCUGUGCUAGUAUCAUUGAAUGAAGACCUUGGCAGCAUUUUAUCUAUUUUUUUGUGUUGUAAAUACUACAUCAUUCACAUGUUUUUUUGUAUCAGAGUCUUCCUAAUGUAUAACAAGAAACAUGGAAUGUACAGAUUUUUUAUGUUCUGGACAAUCUCGUUAUUAUUAUUAAUAUUGUUAAUAUUAUGAUUGUGUACCAUUUUGCUUUGUUUUGGGUUUUUUUCCAAUAAAAUGGCAAAAGAUUAUAAGAAAA